UCGCUGACUAGACACACCAUUUUGUUUAAGAAAAAAAGUCGUGAAAACGUUUUUCUUGUGCUGUGUGUAAAGUGACUUUUGCAAAGUAAUUAUAAAUAAAAAAUAGCAGUAAUAAUGGACAAUAUUGAACGACUUUAUAAAUGCUACGAAGUAUUAUCAGAGGCGGGCGAUAAAAUAACUGAGCAUGUGGCGGAAUACAAAGAGAUAUUGCAAGCCGUAAAAGGCACAUCGAAAGAGAAGCGAUUGGCAUCUCAAUUCAUUGGCAAUUUUUUCAAACAUUUCCCCGAUCUCUGCGACACCGCCAUCGAAGCACAGGUUGAUCUAUGCGAAGACGACGAUACACAGAUACGUCGACAAGCAAUCAAAGACUUGCCCAAGUUGUGUCAGGGUAAUGCGGAUGCCACAAUUCGCGUGGGCGACACGUUGGCCCAGCUGCUGAUCUUGGACGAUGCGACCGAGUUGCAGCAAGUGAAUAACUCGCUCCUCACCAUCAUUAAGCUGGACACCAAGAAUGCCAUCAUCGGUUUAUUCCAGCAAAUCACAACCGGAGAUGAGCCAACUCGAGAGCGUUGCUUCAAAUUCAUUGCCACCAAGCUGCUGACUAUGGGUCCCAACAUUAUUACGAAGGAAAUCGAGGAUUAUAUCGUUGAGGAGGUUAAAAAAGCAUUGCAGGACGUGACAGCCGAUGAAUUUCAUCUUUGCAUGACUAUUUUGGGUGCAACAAAACUGGGUAACACAAUAACCGGACAUGCAGAGCUAGUUAAACUGGCCACAGAGCAGGCAGAGCUAAAUACUGAUCCGAUUGCGGUGGAUGAUGAAGUUGUAGAGCGUUUCAUACAAUGCGCCACAGCAGCUGCACCUUAUUUUUCGAAAACCAUUAAAUCGACACAAUUUGUGAGCUAUGUUUGCGAUAAACUAUUGCCCAUUGACACAUGGAAUUUGCUUGCAACAACAGUGUCACAAGAUCAAAUACAGCUGCGACUGCUGAAAGUAUUCGCUGAGAUGAUCACCAACACGGACAAACUGGAGAAUGCCAGCGAACGCAUCAAUGCUGUCUACAAUGUGCUUUUGGAGUACAUGCCGUUGCCAAAGCUAACUGAUGAGGAUGUGGCUGAUGCGCCGCCUUCGUUUCAGUUCUCGCAUGCCGAGUGUUUGCUCUACACAUUGCACACAUUGGGCAAGAAGCAUCCGAGCAAUUUAACAUUUGUUGAAGACGCCGAGAAACUAAAAGACUUUCGAGCUAGACUACAAUAUCUAGCACGCGGCACACAGGGUUAUAUUAAAAAAUUGGAGGAGUCACUUAAGGGAAAAACGGGCGAGGAGCUGAAAACCGAGGAGAAUCAAUUGAAGCAAACAGCGCUGAAGACAACAUCAAAUAUCAACAUAUUGAUACGCGAUCUAUUUCAUUCACCGCCCAUUUUCAAACACGACAUUGUGCUCUCCUGGAUUGUGCCCAAAAGCAGUAAGCUGGGAAAACGUCAUGUGCCAAUCACAUUUGGCGACAAGGCUGCCGCCAAUGGCAAGGAGGAUACUUCGGAGCAGCAGGAAAAGAAAUCGCGACCAUCCAAUGAACAGAAAUUUUAUUCACCACCAUCCGGCAAAUACUCGGGCAAAGUGAAUCCCAACUAUGGGAACAACAAUCACAACAACAACCAUCGCGGGCGCAACCGUGGAGGAGGCGGCGGUGGAGCUGGAGGAUUUAGGAAUCGACGCUACAGAUAUUAAGAUGCCACUAAGAAAACAGAAUUUUUGCAUAUUUUCAUUGCAAAUCCUAGUCGUUAAACAACUACAAACACCACAAAAAAAAAAACGAGAAAAGAAAAGCUAUUUGAGAACCUUACAGAGAUUAUGAAAAUAUUCGUAACGACGUUCCAACUCACUUGUUUAAUAAACAACUUCCAAAAUCACA